AUGCACCCGUUCCCCUUGCCCGUCGCCCCGCCCGCCAAACAAAGUCGGCCUUAUCCGCGCGAGGCGCGCAAAGCCUUGCACGUGGGACUUGGGGAUGGGAUGGUACAGUACAGUACAGUACUAUUACCGCAACAUACCGCGAUUUUCCGCCACAACGCGACACCACCAGAUGACAAGAUGCUUGGACACUUUGCACACGAACUACGGCGACAUUGUGCUGUCAACAGCGCGCAGAUGGAGAAUAUUUCAAAUACCGCCGUAAACCAGAUCCCAAGUGGGGAUAUCUGUGGAUCGCGCGUGUCAGGAAGCGACGUCAGCGGCUCUGCGAAUCUUUGGCUUGGAUCUGGGGGCGCAAGGUGGCUGUGGUGUAGUUGUGCCGACAUCUCAAUCAUGUCGGAUCUAUGUCGCUUUGGUAGUGUCGCGAGGGCAGUCGUCGUCGAGAGCUGCUUCAUGGUUGAGACGGUGCUCUGCGCGAGCAUGGUUGCGUUUGGCACAUGUCAGGUUGUCGCGUUGGGAAAGUAUCAAGAGGCGCCUUGUGAGAAGCUCGGGGUCUGCGAUGAUGAACCGAAUUUCAAAGGAAUUCGUCCUUGUAUUCAUGUGAUGAUGGUAUCAGCGCUCGUGAGCUACUGA